UUGUUAUUACAUAACCUAAAAAUGAUGAAAAAUAUCAAAUCAAAAUAAACAAAAGUAAAAACGUUUUAUUGUUAAAUUUAUAUAUUUCAGUAAUUUAAUUACAAUGAGUGAUAAAAAUACAGUAAAUGAAAAUUUAAAGAGUAAUUAUUUAGCAGCUAUUCAAGAAAUAGAAUUUUCGAAAGACAAUGAAAAUCCAUUUAAAGCAAUUGACAUCGAACGAAGAUGUAAUUUCAUAAAAUAUGCCGCUGCACUUAAAUUAGAUUCUCAAGACACAGCGGCAGCAAUAUUAUCACAAAAUCUCGAAAGUUAUGGAUCAAAAGUGGACGAUAUUAAAGGAAUCAAUAAUUAUUGGUCACAAUUUAAAGAAUUGGGUCUUAAAAUCGAGAACGAUCCAAAAAAAUGGAAAUCCACAUUAACAGAUCCACAAACAAUGCUCAAACAUUUAAAACCCCUUGCAUGUCAAAAAAAUAAUAGACAAUCUUGCGCGAAAAAAGAAUUUAGCGACAGACACAUUGAAAAAUUAUCCGAAUUAUUGGAAAACAAAAAUUGCGAGAGAAAUCGAAAAAUAUCAAAAAUAACUCAAGAAAAUAAUAUUGAAUCAAAAAAUCAUUUCACAAAUUCUUCUUCCUCUUCUUCUUCUUCUUCUUCUUCUGAGACAAAACUCAAUUUUGGAAGAAUUCAUCAAACAAAAUUAAAUUUCGAACAAAAUAUCGAAUUAAAAUCAAAUUUAAAACCUCCAAAUAAUCGAAAUUUUCAACCAAAAGUUCCAUUUAAUCGAAGAACUUAUAUGAAUCAGGAAAAUAAUAAACCAAAUUCACGAAAUUGGUCGAGUGUUCCAAAAUAUGGAAAUCAACGAAAUUUUAUACGUGAAUCAUCAUCGGAAGAUGAAACAAAUACAAAAACAACUAAUCCAAUGAAUCAAUUUAAAACAGCGAGAACGGAAUUAAUUGAACAGGAGGCGAAAAAAAAUGGACAAGCACCAAAAAGAACACUUGGUUUAAAACCAUCGGGUUCAAAAGUAAAUUCAAAAUUUAUUUGUCCAAUGAGAAAUGAUAAAGACGAGGAGGAGUCGAUGGAAAAUUUACCACCAGAAUGUAAUCAUGAAUUAUUAAAGAAUAUUGAUCCAAAAAUGGUUGAACAAAUUAAAAAUGAAAUUAUGUAUUCGGGUACAAAAAUCACGUGGAACGAUAUUGCUGGUUUAGAAUAUGCGAAGGGAAUUAUUCAAGAGGUAGUGGUCAUUCCAAUGUUGAGACCGGAACUUUUUACAGGAUUGCGUCAACCGCCAAAGGGAAUUUUACUUUUUGGUCCGCCAGGAACGGGAAAAACACUCAUUGGCAAAUGUAUCGCUUCACAGAGUAAAUCGACAUUUUUUUCCAUUUCCGCCAGUUCAUUGACAUCAAAAUGGAUUGGCGAGGGUGAAAAAUUGGUUCGAGCACUUUUUGCUGUGGCACGUGUUCAUCAACCCUCAGUGGUGUUUAUCGACGAAAUUGACUCUCUUCUGAGUCAAAGAUCAGAAACCGAACACGAAAGUUCAAGACGAAUGAAAACAGAAUUUUUGGUACAACUCGAUGGAGCAGCAACGAGCGAUAAAGAUAGAAUUCUUGUACUAGGCGCGACAAAUCGUCCAUAUGAACUUGACGAAGCAGCUCGUCGUCGAUUAGUAAAACGCCUCUAUAUUCCUCUACCCGAACUCGAGGCACGCAUUCAAAUUGUCGAUAAUCUUUUGAAAAAUGAAAAACACGAACUCACCAAUGAGGACAUUUUGGAAAUUGGUAAACUCGCUGAUGGUUUUUCAGGUGCCGAUAUGACAAAUCUUUGUAAAGAAGCAAGUAUGGGACCAAUAAGAAGUGUUCCAAUUAGUCAAAUGGAAAAUAUUACACCCGAUGAUAUUCGAAAAAUUACGAUUAAUGAUUUUAAAAAAGCCCUCACAUUUGUACGUCCAAGUGUUUCACAGGCUGAUCUCACUGUUUAUCUUGAUUGGGAUAAAACUUAUGGUUCAGGAACGGCACAAAAUGCAUAAUUUGUAUAUACAUGAUAUAUUUUUAUUUAUUAAUUGUAUUUGUCAUAUAAAUUGUUUGUUAUGUUGAAAAAUUAUUUUUUUUUACCUUUUGCAUAUAGAGAAUAAAUAAAAGAAUUUUUACAUAAA